GUCCAGCGAGCCGCCUCCGUAGCUGAGGGGGGGAGGCGCCGCCGAUCUGACCGUGUGGGCGUCCUCCCUCAGGCCGCGGACUCCAAGCGGGAGCAGUUCCGCCGAUACCUGGAGAAGUCGGGGGUGCUGGACACGCUCACCAAGGUGUUGGUAGCCUUAUAUGAAGAGCCAGAGAAACCAGAUAGUGCAUUGGACUUUUUGAAGCAUCAUCUGGGAGCUUCAGCUCCUGAAAAUCCAGAAAUAGAGGCACUUCGCUUGGAAGUGGCAGAGAUGAAAGAAAAAUAUGAAGCUGUGUUGGAAGAAAAUAAAAAACUGAAAAACAAGCUGGCUCAAUAUGAACCACCUCAAGAAGAGAAACAUGGUGAAUAACAGUAGUUUCUCCUGUAAUGCUUGACUUAAUAAAGGGCUUCCUGAGAACUGCA